AAUAUAAGUCACGGAAAACCAAAUCAUGCCAAAAAUAAGGAAUCCACAAACAGUUCGGGAAAUUAGCAGUGGAUGAUGCGUUGGGCCCGUGCAGGCGUGCUAACCUGGCGAUGGGUUUAGAAGUAGUAAGGGAUUAACAAUGGAAAAGUUGUGUUUGUGAACAGGUUGGGAAAGUUUUGGCCAAAAAAAAAAGUUGCAGCGCUUUUCCUCCUUGCACGGAUGCGGUUUCGGGAAUCGACAACAUGUAAGUUUUGAUAGAAGAGCAGCACUCACCUACGUACUCACUGAAAGGUUUAUUACUUGAUUAACCUCGUUACAGUGCAGUUUGAAACUUUGCCAACAAUUGCGUUUUUAAAAGAGUUAGUCUUCUGAGGGGGGGGAGGGGGGGAGGGGGGAAUGGACUACAACUCCAAAAGAUUGAUUGGACCUGUAUGCUAAUAUCCGUGGAUUUAAAAUGUGUGUGUGAAAUCUAACAAAAGACAUGAACAAUGGCAGAAAGAGAGAGGAAGAAUGCGGCUGUGUAUCGUAGCGUCUCUUUUAAAAAGUUGGGGUCCUGGAGCGCCAACAGGAGUGAAUACCAACAACACAAACCAGAGGAUUUGGAGGCAGCUGGCGUCGCCCUCCCCCCGGAGCCCAGCAAAGAACAGCCCUUUGCGACGCGUAAUGUCAGUGUGUCAAGAAAAGUUUCCAAAAUCUCUGCCACUACUACCACUGCGGGCCUCCCGACCGCAGAUCCAAAGAGAGCCUCCUCCACUCCUCUCUCCUCUAUUUCUCCAUCCAUCCGACAGCUCACUGAGAAGUUUAGCAGCAGCGCCAGCGGCUCUGCCGGGACGCACAGAGUCUCACCGGGAGACGGCACAGCAGUGACGCGGGGGAGCAACACUCUUCCUCGGGCCAAGGGCUCCAGGAGAGACGGGUGUCCGUCUCGUAAAUCUUCUCACGAGGACAGUGGUGGUGGAUAUUUCCAGGAUAGUGAUACAACGACGGCAGAGUCACCGACAGACAAAGUGCAAAAGUUUUACUCUGACACAGACUCCGUGUCAGGCUCUGAAUCAGAGAAGAAAAGUAAGCAGCGGAUUUUUACGCGUUUAUCAACCGACAGCAACUCUGGUAAGAGAGAUUAUUCACAAAUCAAUGCAUGUCACCCUGAUCCCAGAAAGACUUUGACUACAGAUGAGGAAGAGGAUGUUACUAAUAGAGGGGCUCCCCCACCUUGUAAAUCUCACAGAAGUUAUCUCUCUACACACCACAGUGACUUUAUUCCCCUGCACUCUGAAAAGUGGCCCAGUGUCACAAAAAUUAGACAACUUUUUGAUGAGAUACAAGGCCAAGCUACACAGCAGCACAAGACUGACUCUUAUGAGAAUUUAAAAGCAGCCGUCAGAGGACAUCUACACGAGUUCAGCCCCAGUAAAAGUGCUCCUCUUUCGGAUAGAAGUGACAAGGUCUCGCCUUGCAGCUCUGCUAAUGAAGCCAGUAGCCUGUCUUUGCAUGGCAAAUGCAUUGUUGGAGCACAAAGGAAAGAAAGCACUGCUUGUUACGGUAUGGACUGUUAUUCCAAAACUGACCAGCAGCAGUACUCAAAUGAUGAGGAGGCAGACUUAGAAUCACAAAGUUCUAAUAACAAACACGUUUCUGGCAGAAACCCUUUUCAAAGCAGCGGCAGUAGCAGUCUCAGUUGCACUGGGGGUAGUCACUACCAGAGGAUUGACCCAUCACCCUUCAGAUCUCAUAGUCCCAGCACUGAGGCAGAGGCUGCCCACAAGACCCUUAGGACAACAGGGUUGACAUCUGACCCCAGCCCUGACCUUCAACCCCCUGCUACUUCGUCUUGGAGUCGAUCGGAGAGCUUGGACACGUCCUCCUGCUCCUCCUCUCUUCAGCGGCCGACAGUGAGGGAGAGAAGGGAUAGACAGGGGGUCGGGCUGCCCAGGGAUAGUUUACAUUCCUCACAUAGCUCCUCCAGAGCGCCAGCCCCCACCUCCUCCCUCUCCUCUGCUCCAGCUCCAGAUAAAGCCAUUACCUCCUCCUCCUCGACUGUAGCUCCCUCCACCGAGCUAAGAACCCUAGCAAGAGUUGCCUCUCCCCUAAGCUACCACUGGAGGUUUAGCUCUGGAGACGAAGAGGAGGUGCACACCAGGAGAAGAAGAGGAGGUGGAGGAGGCAGUUGGAUUGUUCCUUCUUGCCCAGCUCCUUCCAUCUCCUAUAGAGCAGGAGAAAGGGGCGCCACUGAGCGAGGAGGUAGCUAUUUAUCCCACAGUAAAAAUGGCUGGUGGGGUGCUAAAAGCAUUGGCAGGUCUUCAGGCAGUGAGGAGGACAGCCCUGGUUCUUUAGGUCUGCACAGUCGAGAGGCAGUGCGCCGCCGCUCGCUGAGAAAGAAGAAGAAAGUCAGUGGAGCUGCUCUUGGAACAGGCCAUGAUGAUUAUGAUGAUUAUGAUGAUCAUGAUGGCGAAUCAGAAGACAGUGACAGUGACACGGCCUUGACAAUGGAGCACUUAGAGAGGCACCCCCAGCAAAACACAGGAGGAGAAUUUCCAGGAACAGUAUCUCGGAGCCACUUGGCAAGAGCACCCAGCAGUCACGGUAACAGAGCCAGGGUGCAGCAAUGGGAGCGCAUCUCCUCACCUGUGACAUCCACAACACUUACUGGUGUAUCACGAGUGUCAAAGAUCAAUAUCCCCCCAUUUGUUUCCAGUCCUGGUGGUUCACAUUGCAGCAGUCGGUACUCCAGCACUGAGACGCUUAAGGAGGAGGACCAGGCUGGCUGCGCCAACCGUGCAGCAAAUGUGUUAUAUAACACAAGCGGAGCAGGAGGCAACACUAGCAGAACUGCAUCCUCGUCCAUGCUGAGUAAAACUUACCAUGGGAAUUUUACCAUGUACCGCUCCCCAAGUUUUGGCCAUGGGGAUAACUUCUCCCAUACCCCUGUAUGGGUGCGCCCCAAGAUUGUGCCUACAGUCACCCCCUUAUCUAGUGUACUUGCCAGAGAAGGCAGGGUAUCUGCAGGAGUUGAGGGUGGUGAGACCGCGGCAUUAAGGAGGACCACAGGUGGGGAUGGGGUGGAUGAUAAAGAUAAAAAACAAAUAUCCAUGUCCAACCCUGAUAUCACCUCAGAAACUAUGUCCCUCUUAAGCUUUCUUAAAUCUGACCUCUCAGAGCUUAAGGUGCGGAAAACUAAUGGAGACAAAUCCGGGGUCAUGGAGGGGACACCGGUGUACAGGAUGGGCUCACGGGCUCAUGGCAGUACCCUGCUACCUUCUGGUCGUCGGCCGUCACUGAAAGACCUGACUGCCACCCUGCGGCGUGCAAAAUCCUUCACUUAUUCAGACAAACCCACAACAGCAGUGAGGUGUUACUUGACAGGUGGCGCCACGAAGAGGAGCUCCUCUGAGCAGCAGCUUGACUUGGAUGGAGAGGGAGAUAGAGGGAGAGUGUCGGUGUCAGAUAGGGAAGUAGAAAGUGAUGGGGGUGAUUUGAGGGUUAGGAGAGGACAAAGAAUGAGGGAUUAUGGAUUUGAUGAUGAGGAUGAGGAAGGGAUGCCAACUCCAUUGCAGGAGAGGUAUGUGCAGGAAGCCAGGCAGGUCAUUCGAGAUAUCUGCCAGAUGAGUACUAGAGAAGAUGAUGACGUAGAUGUAAGGAGAACUGAUAAUGAUUUGGAGGAUGAAUGUUUCCAGCUCAAUAAAACAAAUGAGGAGAAGGAGAAAGCAGGAGUGAGCAUUCAGUAUCAGGCAAGGACAGAUCAAGAGGCUGAGUUUAAGAACACAAAAGACAGGGAUAAACAUGAGAGGGAGAGAGAGAACGGGGAGAGGGAGAGGAGCGAGAGGGAUGGACAAAGUAUGCAGUUGGAGAAGCUAAACAGCAGGGGCACAGAGUACAAGGAGAAGGCAAAGAGACAGAGCAGAGAGACGGAGAGAGCUUUACUGAAGGGCGAAUCGGAGGAAAGCAUGUUCUACGACCGCUCUGUGGAUGAACUUUCUGGCCAUGAGUCUAGUUUAACAGAUGAAGGGAUUGUAACCGAGCCAGAGACAAGCCCCAGUGACCCCUCUGAGAGGUCAUUCCUGGGUUCAGCAGGGGUUAAUUUGGGUUCACAAAUUGCUAGGGAUGUGCUAGGGCAGCCUGUCACCGUAUGGAAUCAAUCGGCUCUCCAUGAGGCGGAGGGGUUUAAGAAGGAGAGAGAAGAGAUGACGGAGAACAGCCUGAAUUGUACAAAUCGUCUGAAUGAAGUCGGCGUACCUCCCUCCUUGCCUCGUCAUGCCCGUAUGGCUGAGAGUGACAGUAUUAUCAUGGAGCUGAGCAGCACUGCUGGUAUCAACAAUGUCAACACUAGCAGUGAAGAGAUCAACACCAACAGCGCUGUGUUGCUCAGGUCAGCAGGCACCGCAGGAGGAGGAAGACUUGAAGCCCCUGUGACACCAAGUUCUGUCCGUCGAAGGCGCAAGUUCUCCCCUUCUGGUAAUAACAACACAGGCUCCGACCCCAGUAAUGGCAGUAAUGCAGAGUCAGCAAUAGCAGCUGCUGGAAAUGGGGAGACCACAGUCUACCGCUCUCUCAGUGACCCCAUGCCUCAGCGGCGCUGUUCUGUGGCAGAAGAAGGGAAUAACAAUUUUUCCUCUGUAGACAGCAACCUGUUAGGAUCCCUAUCUGUCAAAGGAGGAGGAGGUGCUCCAGAGACCUCUGAUGUGGCCAUCCUGUCAGAAUACAAGGGCAGUGUGGCCAGUGACUUGUCAGUUUGCAGUGAUGGCGGGCUCCGGGAUGAUGCUGUCCGUGACUACAGUGGGGUUAUCAGGAGCAUCGUAGCUGAGCCAGGUGCAAUGGACAGACUGAUGACAGAUGACCAUGGCAAUGGCAAAGCUCCCAAGAAGAAGUCAUUCAGUGACCCCAGUCGCCGUAGCGAUGCCCCUUUUCUUUCCCAGAAUGACCCUGAAUUCAAAGGUCAGAUUGGCAGUACUCAUCCAAUCAGUGAGCUCGAUCAACCUGGUCCGAUUCCACCUUCCAGCAGUGAGCCGAUCUUAAACGAGCAGAGGGAGGAACUGUGGGAGCCAGAAGUGAAGCCUAAACACUCAUUGCCGACACAGUCAAACAUAAAAAAAGUCAAGAAAGCUCGUUCCCAGUCAGAAUGCACAACCCACUCUGAUAACCAUGAUGCUGAAGAUGAUGAUUUAAUAGACCAAAGUGGAGAAGAGACAGAGCUGCAGAAGUUUAACUUUAAGCUGGCUGAGGUUCUGUCCCCUAGACUGAUCCGUCGGUCAACCAGAAAGCGUCCAAACAGGCUGGCUCAGUUUUUCCCUCAUGAGGACCCAUUUGAGCCCCCAGAACUGGGUUCAGAGGAGCAGGAGGAUCACAGCAUCCAAACCAACAUCACCCCUCCCCUUCCCCCACUGCAAUCCAAACCCAAAACCAGACCCAAGCACGUCCGCCAUGCAAGCGAACCCGCCACCUUUAUCCCCAUCUCCCCACCUCCCCAACUCCAGCCACUGAAGGAAGUGGACUGCCUUGCUGUCCGACCCACUGCAGAGCCUUCAACCUCAAGUAAGCCCCCAGGAGACGAGGCUCCAUCUCUGGAGCAUGUGACCCAGAAGUAUAUUUUGGAACUGAGUACUGCUGAGGGCCCAGGGCCUCUACCAGUGGCCAGGGAUGAAGCAGAAGGUUCAGUGUCGGCAUGCGAGGGGCCCAGCGAGACCAGCACCAGUGGAAUUACAGAAGUUGGACCAGAGAAGAAGAGCACAGAGGACACUGCAUCCACAGCUACUCCACAGAGGACCAAGCCCAAAGUGGACAUGAGGAAACAUGUGAUGAUGACCCUCUUGGACACAGAGCAGUCAUAUGUGGAGUCACUACGCAGUCUCAUUCAGGGCUACAUGCGUCCUCUCAAACAGCAGGACAGCAGCUCCAUAGUGGACCCUCUGCUGGUGGACGAGAUGUUUUACCAGAUCCCGGAGAUCCUGGAGCACCACGAGCACUUCCUCGAGCAAGUCGCUGGCUGCGUCAGCCAAUGGCACGAUAGGCAGACCGUCGGAAACAUCCUUAUUCAAUCCUUCUCCAAAGAGACUCUAGCCAAUAUGUAUUCAGCGUACAUCGACAACUUUCUCAACGCCAGAGAUGCUGUGAGGAUUGCCAAGGAGGCCAAACCAGCGUUUCACAAGUUCCUGGAGCAAAACAUGCGUGAGAACAAGGAGAAACAGGCUCUGGGUGAUCUGAUGAUUAAACCAGUCCAGAGGAUUCCUCGAUAUGAGCUGCUCGUCAAGGACCUGCUCAAGCACACCGCAGAGGAUCACCCAGACCACCCAUACUUACUGGACGCCCAGAGGGACAUCAAGCGACUGGCUGAGAAGAUCAAUAAGGGCCGUCGCUCCGCUGAAGAGGCAGAGAGGGAGGCCAGGGUCAUCCAGGAGAUCGAGGCGCACAUAGAGGGAGUUGAACAUAUUCUGAACCCGCAGAGGAAGUUCUUGAGACAGGAAAUGGUCAUGGAGGCGAAGACAGUUGGUGGGAAGAAAGACCGUUCUCUCUUCCUCUUCAGUGAUCUGAUCAUCUGCACCACUCUCAAGAGGAAGUCUGGCUCGCUAAGACGCAGCUCCAUGAGCCUAUACUCUGCUGCGAGUGUGAUUGAUACUUCCAGUAAAUACAAGUUCCUGUGGAAGCUUCCCCUGGAGGACGUGGAGGUGGUGAAAAGCCCCACUCAGGCAACAAACAAGGAGACCAUCCAGAAGAUGAUAAGUCGAUUAGACGAGGAUCUCAGCACUCUGGGUCAGAUCAGCAAACUGUCUGAGACCCUCAGCUUCCCACACCAGUCCCUCGACGAAGUGAUAAAGGAUCUGAUGGCGUCAGUGCACAGGGAGCUAUCAGAGAAGCAGUCUCUGGCCUUCAGCAUGACCUUCCUGCCCACAAAGCUGGAGUUCACCACGGCCUCCGCUGAGAGCAACUUCAUCUUCGAGUUCACCUCGCCUGACACUCGGUCCAACUUUGAACAGGCCUUUGAAGAUGCCAAGAAGAAGCUAGCAAUGAAUAAGGACCAGUGGGACCCAGAGUUCCUGAAGGCCAUUCCUAUUAUGAAGACACGUAGUGGAAUGCAGUUUUCGUGUGCCUCUCCUAGCCACAGCAGUCCUGACAGUGGCUGUGAGGUGUGGGUGUGUAACAGCGAUGGAUACGUGGGACAGGUGUGUCUGUUGAACAUCAAAGAUGAGCCAACAGUUGAGGCCUGUAUCGCUGUCUGCUCAGCAAGAAUCAUAUGUAUUGCUGCAGUACCAGGACUCAAGGGAAGGGAGCGUGGAUCAGAGCCCAGGCUGGCCACUGCCUCCGGAGCACCUGGUCCCACCCAGCAGCAGCUCCAUAUAUCUAUCUCUCAUUCAUCUCUGGAGCUGACGGAGCGACCUACAGGACCAGGGGCAGAGCUUGUUCCUUUUGACAGUGAUGACACGGAUGACGAGGAUUCACCCAGCCCUUCCUCCACUCUACAGAGUCAGGCCAGUCACUCCACCAUAUCAUCCAGCUAUGGCAAUGAUGAGGGCACAGGCUCAAAGGACAUGGCUACAGAGACCACCAGCAGUGAGGAGGAGCAGGAGUUCCCAGUGGCGAGCUCCUAUGGAGCUCCGGGAAUAUUGGGGGUUGGCGGCGGAAGUCGCGCCCACACAGAGAGCCCUAUGGACGGCCGCGCCAUGCGCCGCUCCUCACGGGGCUCGUUCACCAGGGCGAGCCUGGAGGACCUGCUCAGCAUCGACCCGGAGGCCUACCAGAGCUCUGUGUGGCUGGGCACAGAGGAUGGAUGCAUCCAUGUGUACCAGUCCUCGGACAACAUCCGUAACCGUAAGAACAGCAUGAAGAUGCAACACUCAGCCUCCAUCCUCUGUGUACUGUAUUUGGACAACAAAGUGUUUGUCUCCUUGGCCAAUGGAGAGGUGAUCGUCUAUCAGAGAGAAGCAGGUAGUUUCUGGGACUCUCAGUCUUCUCAGACAUUGGUUCUGGGUACACCCAGUAGCCCUGUCACCAAAAUGGUUCCUGUAGGAGGAAAGCUCUGGUGUGGCUCACAGAACAGAGUCCUUAUUAUCAACACAACUACACUGGUACAAGAGCACUGGUUCCAGGUGGGCACAGACAGCAGUCGGUGCGUGACUUGCAUGGUGGCGUACGGUCAGGGUGUGUGGUUGGCGUUGCAGGGCAGUGCGCAGGUCAAACUGUACCACGCUCAGACCUUGGAGAGCCUGACAGAGGUGGACGUGGCACCUGCUGUGCAUAAGAUGCUUGCAGGUGCAGAUGCCAUCAUCAGACAGCAUAAAGCUGCCUGUCUGAGAAUCACAGCAUUGCUGGCAUGUAAAGAUCUGCUCUGGAUCGGCACCAGUGCAGGGGUGGUCCUUACACUGGUGAUCCCAGCGGUGAGCUCUGGAACUGGGGCUGGGACACUGAAAUCUCCCCAGGUGCCAAUGGGCUCGGCUCACGGACACACAGGCCAUGUUCGCUUUCUGACAUCAAUCGAACUACCGGAAGGGUUUGACAUGAACUUCCCUCCUAUGGCAACUGACUCAACAGGCAACCAAUCCCAAAGCGGCAGCACAGUUGAUGGGAACCUCCAAAGGCGUGACUCUUCGCGUCGCCGAGCUUCUGCCCUCAUCCCUUCAAAAACCAACCACCUAGUAAUUUCCGGUGGCGACGGCUAUGAGGACUUCAGACUGACCAAUAGCAGUGAAACAGUCGGACGGGAUGACAGUACCAACCACCUUUUGCUUUGGAAGGUCUGAGACAAUCGACCCCGAUUUAAACAACCCGCCCCAACCUCCCUUUAUCUGAGAACUGCGCACAAUUUCCUGUCCUUUUCCCCACCGGACUCCUCACUUUUUGGUGUUGUUGGUCUUCUGCUCAGUCCACCAGUCUCUAUGUGCACAAUAUGGCUGUCAACUCCCUCCUGGCCUUACUAAUGAAUAUGAUCACUUCAAAGCCAGUUUUCUUGUGUUAAUGUUUCUGAUGGUGUGCAUUGUUCCUCACUGAGUGGUAUCUGUGUGUGUGUGUGUGUGUGUGUGUAUUUGUUUGCGAAUAAUGUCUAGAAGAGUGUCUUUAAACUCAAGUCGUUACUGAAUGAGACAGAAGAAGAUGGAGAAGGGGAGAAUGAAACGUUCACACAUGGAUGUACGUUUAGAC